UGGCGUUUGCUAAGCCGCUGACGGUCAGCGGGGCCCCUUCCUCUCGCUUUGCCGGGAGAAUGCGUUAGUGUCUUGCGGUGUAGCAGUCCGGUGUCUUGCUGCGAGGACGGCUAUGGAGCGAUCGGCACCCAGCCAAGUGACAGCCCCAGACGCCUCGGGACCGGACCCACAGCUGGCGGUGACCAUGGGCUUCACGGGGUUCGGGAAAAAAGCUCGCACAUUUGACUUGGAAGCAAUGUUUGAGCAAACUCGAAGAACAGCUGUAGAAAGAUGUCGGAAAACACUGGAAGCAAGAGAAAAAGAGGAAGAAAUGAACAGAGAGAAACAAUUAAGACAAAACGAAGAUAUUGAACCUGCACCGUCAGGCUCAAAUGUGGUCAGAGAGUGCUCGAAAUCAUCAUCCAGAGAUACAAGCAGCAGUGAAAGUGAAGACAGUUCUGAUUCUUCUGAUGAUGAGUUAAUUGGCCCUCCUUUACCCCCUAAAAUGGUAGGAGAACCAGUUAAUCUGGAGGAAGACAUCCUUGGUCCUUUACCUCCACCCCUUUCUGAAGAAGAAGAAGAAGAAGAAGAAGAAGAAGAAGAAGAAGAAGAUGAUGAUGAUGAUGAUGAUGAUGAUGAUGAAGGAGAAGAAAAUCCUGUCCAAAAGAUUCCCGACUCACAUGAGAUAACACUGAAGCAUGGCACUAAAACAGUGUCUGCUCUGGGUCUAGAUCCCUCAGGUGCCCGUUUGGUGACUGGGGGAUAUGACUACGAUGUUAAGUUUUGGGAUUUUGCUGGAAUGGAUGCGUCUUUCAAGGCUUUUCGAUCGCUGCAGCCCUGUGAGUGCCAUCAGAUCAAGUCAUUACAGUACAGUAACACGGGAGAUAUGAUUCUUGUUGUAUCUGGAAGCUCACAGGCCAAGGUGAUUGACAGAGAUGGUUUUGAAGUAAUGGAAUGUAUAAAGGGAGACCAGUAUAUUGUAGACAUGGCCAACACCAAGGGUCACACAGCAAUGCUUCACACCGGCUCCUGGCAUCCCAAAAUAAAGGGAGAAUUUAUGACUUGCUCCAAUGAUGCGACUGUGAGAAUAUGGGAGGUUGAAAAUCCGAAGAAACAAAAAAGUGUGUUUAAACCACGGACAAUUCAGGGUAAAAAAGUCAUACCCACUACAUGCACAUAUAGUAGAGAUGGAAACCUCAUAGCAGCUGCCUGCCAGAAUGGAAGCAUACAGAUCUGGGAUCGAAAUUUGACUGUUCAUCCUAAAUUUCACUAUAAACAGGCUCAUGAUCCAGGCACAGACACUUCUUGUGUGGCUUUUUCCUAUGAUGGUAAUGUCCUCGCCUCUCGUGGAGGUGAUGACACAUUAAAAUUAUGGGACAUCCGACAAUUUAAUAAGCCACUUUUUUCAACCUCAGGUCUUCCCACCAUGUUCCCAAUGACUGACUGCUGUUUCAGUCCAGAUGAUAAACUCAUAGUCACUGGCACCUCUGUUCAAAGAGGAUGUGGUAGCGGCAAACUUGUUUUCUUUGAACGUAGAACUUUCCAAAGGGUAUAUGAAAUAGACAUCACAGAUGCGAGUGUUGUCCGCUGCCUGUGGCAUCCAAAGCUGAACCAGAUCAUGGUUGGAACUGCAAAUGGGUUGGCUAAAGUCUACUAUGACCCCAACAAGAGUCAGAGGGGAGCAAAAUUAUGUGUGGUUAAAACCCAGCGGAAGGCGAAACAAGCUGAAACUCUGACCCAAGACUACAUUAUCACCCCUCAUGCCUUGCCUAUGUUCCGUGAGCCCCGCCAACGGAGUACGAGGAAACAGCUGGAGAAGGACAGACUGGAUCCCCUCAAGUCCCACAAACCUGAACCUCCUGUAGCAGGCCCAGGUCGCGGUGGCAGAGUUGGAACCCACGGGGGCACUCUGUCAUCCUACAUUGUGAAGAACAUCGCUUUGGAUAAGACAGACGACAGUAAUCCUCGGGAAGCCAUUUUGCGUCAUGCCAAAGCAGCGGAAGACAACCCAUAUUGGGUUUCCCCAGCAUAUUCCAAGACUCAGCCCAAAACCAUGUUUGCCCAAGUUGAAUCUGAUGAUGAAGAAGCAAAGAAUGAACCAGAAUGGAAAAAACGUAAAAUUUGAAGAAUCUUAGUUGAGAGCUGUUUGCAUGAGGGGGAGGGACAUGGUGGAAUGGUGGGUUUUUUUCCCUUUAAUGCUUGUAAAAUUAAAAAAUACAUUUUUAUGAA